AUGGUGAUUGGGGCAGAAGCCGGUGCCGCUCUCAGUGUCCGAGCAUUCGAGGAGCUGGUUUCGGUGAAGAUCAAUCAGGGCCUGUUGUCGCUAAAGAUACGUCCCAACUACAAUGUGGUAACGGGCUAUCCGACCAAGACGAACGACUGGCAGCGAUCGUACUUUUACGUUAAGUCUGAUCGCUCGGCUUUCGAGGAGCCGCUGAAGACCGGUUACCGUGUUCUUUGGAACAAUGAAUUUGUCCCCCACUCGAAUACCGCGGAGUACGAGGAAGAUUUUUUGGAGAGUGCUCGGAUCGUCGCGUCUCAGAGGCAAGAUCUUUGGGAGAACUUCUCGUACGGGAGGAUUCGCAGGUCGGCUGAUCGGAUUAGACUACAGGUUUGGCGUUCGGAUACUGUUCCGAUUAUCACCAAGAAAUCGAAAAGAAUCAACCUGUUCAACAAGGCCGAGCAGACGGAGAUCAAUCGGGCCAGAGUUAUGAGGGAAUUGCCGGAUCUACGCUUGGUGGUUGGGAAGCAACUUGGGUUUGUGGAGCCGGACCAAAACUCCAACGCAAACUCGCCUAAUCUCGAGGAGCCUAAUGCGACUGAGUCAGAUGAGGUUCAGCUCGUGAGGAAAACGGGGAACAUGAGAAAAGAGAGGGAAGGCGCUUCUUCCGAGGGGAAACAGACCGAGGAGACUUCCACCGGUGGGGGUGCCGGGUCGGAGAAGAAAAGAGCGCGAAAGGAUUCCUCAGAGGUUCGACCUUCUUCUGUGGAAGAAGGGGAGCUCCAAGCCUUGGAGCCUAGUAAUGGUUCUCGAGACGACAAUCUCCCGAAUCCAUCUCCCGGUGGCGGUCAAGCGGGUGAGCAUCAAGAGACUUCUUCUAAAGUGAAGAAGAAGUCGAAGAAGAACAAGAAGAAGAAUAACGGCGGAUCCUCGGGGCAGGAGGGGGCGUCUGAUUUGGAGAAGGAAACCGUGGGAGCCCCGACUGCUGCCGUUUCUCUCCCAAAGGCAGCGGUUCGCGAAGAUGCCGGGGGAUCGAGCAGGUCCGCUCCGAAGACUCAGGAGAAGGAAGCUGUGCCGAAGGACCUUCAGGGGUUUUGUCCGGACAAGGUCGACUUUAUCUUUAAGCGGGAUACUCCUCUUGUUUGCAACGAGAGAGACUGUGCUCGCUUUGUCCGCCAAGUCCGGGGGAGCAGAAAGCAUCUCCCACUCGUCAAGGAUCUCGUCUUCCAAGACGACUACACCGCCGCCGCCGGUUCUUCGGUUAAGGUAAGGACAGUUUUUGCGUUUCGUCCGUUCCUCGUCUUUCUCCUAACUUGGUUGUCUCACUCUCUUUCUUUGAUGUGCUGCAGAGCCAAGGGGAUUGGAAUGAAGUCGUCCGUAAGUACGACGAGGAGCUGAAGAGGACCUAUGGUGUGAUCGAUAGGCAGCGACACAACACCAAGGAAGCGACGCAAGCCC